CAAGCUUUCCCAUAUCAACACCUAUUAGCGGAAUGUUCGCUAGCUCAAGAUCUCCGCGAUAUCUACAACGAUGUUAGUGAAUGUGGCAGGGUACAUGUUUUCCUGAACGAUUUUAUUGAAAUUGGCUUCUGCGUUCAACCACGUGCUCUCCUGCAUGCCGGUCUAACACCAAGAACUCGAGCCGAAGUGGAAAAAACCAUUCAACGUUUACGGCCCUAUCAUGGAAUUUUACUCCUGGAAGAUGCCGUUCCAGGACACGAUUCAAAUCCAGCACUUAAUCUCUUCCUGAAGCACUGCCACCCUGACCAGAGUUUCAUUGGAGUGAGCGAUUCGACAGGCCUUCCAUUGCUUCAGGUGUUAAUAAUUGUCAGACAUUUGCUCCUCUGGGCACGUGCUAUCGUCAUAUAUCCAUUGUGUGGUUCAAAUGUCUACACUUCCGCUACAUCGCCGAAACCGCUGAUGAGGCUCACGGAACAGUACAGCCAGAUGUUUGGAAAUGCUCAUUUACCGACUAUAUUAGCGCAAUUUUCACCUCCCUGUAUGCUAGCCGAAUUCGUGGAUCCCUCAUUGUACAGUGCCGAGGAACAGGUAUGUGAUAGUACCAAAUGUUUCAGAAAUUUUAAAUAUAUAAACAGUAAAUAUCCCUGGCUAGAAGACUGGAAGAGUACGGGGACAUGAAA